CUCUCGCUCGCUCGCUCUUCUCUCUCUCUCUCUCUUGCUCGCGACCGAACGAAGUUUGAUGUCCAGGGGAGCCUGGGGCCUCAGGGACGCUGUUGUUUAGUUCGUUCGUCGCCAAUCUUCUGCUGGCGUGCACUCCUCCGCGUCAAUUGCCUGCCAUCUGGGCUCCGCACUGCACCGCACUCUCGCGUGGGGCUUAGAUUGGGUCGAUGGGCUUCUUCCUUCGUCAUUGACACUGCACUGCACUGCGCUGCGCUUGACUCACCUCCUCUGGCUCGUCUCCCCUCUCCGUUCACGAGUCGUUCUAUCCACUCAUUGAUUUGGCACGGUUGCUGCUGCUGCUGCUCGAUUGAUUGAUUGGCUGAUUGAUUGAUUCCCCUGGGGUUGGUGUGAUUCCUCUGCAUGUUUCUUUCCUGGUCUGGUGUGCCGUAGGAUGUUCUAGUGGUCGGAUUUGGUCCGAGUUGAGUCAGAUUGCGGGGACUAGUAGCAUUCAUUCUUCUUUUCCUUGCCGUCUGAUUAGCGGUGGUUUUCUAGAACACGCUAUUUGGAGAUUAGAAUUUCGACAUCAGGGCCGAAAUUCGAGACGAUUUGUCGUUUGGAAUAGUUUCCCCUUCUAGGAAUGGGAGUUGGGGAGGUUUGGCGGUGGUUUGUGGGGCGAUGAGUCUCGGCUGGGUUUCUCCGACCAGAGUGUUCGAUUUCUGAAUUGGGCAGAAGAACCGUGUAUAAUUGUCGUGUGAGAGUAUGCGGCAGUGGUGUAGUGAACUCGAUACGAGGCUCCUACAACAAGGACGGAAGACGCAGCUGUAGUUAUAAUUCUGUCCCAGGCGCUUGUGAGUCAAGCUCUUAGAGAUCUUGCGCCUUCACUAUGUCCUGCCCCUCUCCCGUCCUUUUUACCCUUGCCUUUCGGAUAAUCUUGCUCCGUCGUCGCGUCAACCAGAGUUGAGUUUAUUUCUUGACAGCGGCUUCGAUGAAUCGGAUAGAACCAGAAUCUUGACGGUGUCUGGAUUGUUGUCACCAAAUCUUGGUCAAUGAGACCUUGUGCAAUUUCCUCGUUAGAAGAUGGAAAUUCGUUAAGGCUCUGAAUCCUUGUUGGCUAGAAUUUCAAGACAGCUACUGGUUCAACAAGCUCACCUUCUUCUAGCUGGCUGGAUUAUCGCCCACGUCUUGCUACGCUUAAGUUCUUCUGUCUCCGUUUCGACUUCAGGGGAGUAGAUCAGUGCAAACAGGGAGAAGAAUCAAGCGGUCAUUUUCGAACAUCGUCAACAAUGUUGAAGUUUUUGAAGAAUGUGGUGGGAUCGGCAGGCGGUAUCAAGGAUCUGCCUUACGUUAUCGGAGAGCCUUAUUCCUCUGCAUGGGGCUCCUGGACCCACUAUCGCGGCACUUCCAAGGAAGACAAUUCUCCAGUGUCGAUCUUUUCGAUGGUUGCAAACGACGCUGAAGAUGGCCGAUUGGCUGCCGCGCGGAUCGGGGCGAAAAGGCUUCGUGCGAUUCGGCAUCCCAACAUCUUAGAGUUUCUUCACAGCACUGAAACGGAGACGGUGGUUGAAGGCGGUGUUAUCAAAACAACUAUUUAUAUCGUUACAGAACCGGUCAUGCCCCUCGCUGAGAAGAUAAAGGAGCUCAACUUCAAAGGAAACCAGCGUAAUGAGUUUUAUGGCUGGGGUCUUCGUCAAAUCACGAAGGCGAUAACGUACCUCCAUAGCGAGUGCGCGCUUGUUCAUGGGAAUGUCUGUGUGGAUGCCGUGGUGGUUACCCGGUCACUAAACUGGAAACUACACGCUUUUGAUGCGUUAUCUGAGAUUGAUGGAGCCAACUCAGCUGCUUCUAGCCCUAUGCUGCAAUACGAGUGGUUGGUGAGUCCUCAGUACAAGCCUCAAGAACCUGCGAAGGCUAACUGGGCUACAAUUCGAAGGUCAUCACCUUGGGCAAUUGAAUCGUGGGGUCUUGGUUGCUUGAUUUAUGAAAUGUUCUCUGGAUCGAAGUUGACAAAGACUGAGGACCUUCGCAACACUGAAUCCAUCCCUAAGGCAUUGCUUCCUGCCUACAAUAAUCUUCUAGCGGCUGCCCCUGAACGAAGAUUGGACCCAGCAAGGGCAAUAGAAAGUAGUGAAUUUUUUAAGGAUAAGCAUGAUUCCGGUCAGUUCAUGGCCAUGGGAAAGGAACAUGUGGGUGCUAUCAAUCUGGAGGAACGUCAGGAAGUCGAACGUGUCGUAAGGAGGAGAACAGAGGAAUCUGGAAGCGAGUUGAUUCCCUGCCUUCCAGACGAAGUUGCUCUUUUGUGUCUCGCUCGUGUGCCUCGCGCUUCGCACCACGUGCUUAGUGCCGUGUGUCUAAGCUGGUAUAACCUUCUGCAUGACAAGGUGUUUUAUGACGUAAGGCAGGAGCUUGCGGUGGCAGAGGAGUGGUUGUUUUUGUGGACUCAAGAUGCAGACCGAUGCAAUGUUUGGCACGGGUUUGAUCCUGCCACGAACAAAUGGUUUCAGUUGCCACAUCUUCCGAAUGAACAUAGGACUGCGGGGAGUUCCGCUUCUGCCGUGGUCGAUGGCAAGCUCUUUGUUAUUGGAGGCCAGCUCAGUUCUGGUUGUGCGUGUAACUUCGUCUCCUACUUUGACAUGCGACAUUACUGCUGGAAACAGGCUGCCCAUUUGAAUGUUGCACGCGCUAAAUGCAUGGCUGGAGUUAUCGGCAACCAGUUAUAUGUUGUGGGGGGUUUCACUGAGCGUGAUCAAAAUGCAGGAGCGACAGCUGAGGCUUAUGAUCCGGUGACCAAUAAGUGGAGGCUCAUUUCCAGUAUGAAAAUCCCCAUGGAGCUUUAUGACAGUGCAGUUCUCGGUGACAAGUUCUAUGUCGUGAACUCGUCCAGUGAGAAUCUAGUGGGGUUGGUGUAUGAUCCACAGAAAGAUGAAUGGGUGGAUAUGGCCAAUGGGCUCAACACAGGUUGGCAAUCCAAAACAGCGGCCUUGAAUGGCAAGCUGUAUGCUGUAGGUGAUUCUCACUCUUCUGAGGGAAAGAAUGAGAUCUCCGUCUACAAUGCUGCUAAGGAUGUUUGGGAAUCCAUCAAAGGAGUUCUGGAUGACACGGCCCCAGUGCUGUCUUGGGGUCCCGAGCUUGUUAGUCUUGGUGGACGUCUUUGUAUCGUUGGUACGAGCAGUAAGGCCCACGUCGCUGUGGUGGAUAUCAACGAAACUUCCAAACCAUCCGUUGCAACCCUCACCUACUAUGAGGAUAUCACGAAGAAAAUUCAGUUUGCUGAGCCUCUGCCCAGAGGAGCUUGCCAAGUUCUCGCGCUGUGACACAUUCAAGUGCCUGCAUUUCAGUACAAUCGUCGAUUGGAACGCCUUUUGGAGCUUUCGAGUUCAUCCAUCCUUUCUUAUCCAAUUUUGCCUCGACAAGAUGCCGUCAUUAGGGUGUUAUUGCUGUGCCUGUCGUCUGUCUGCACUUCACCAUGCUGCAAGCACACACCACCCGGCACUGAUACCGUACUGCCAUGAGUCUGGAGUAGUGGCACUGUCUCUUGCAAGGCACAGACUAUUUUCUGGUUGUUGAUCCCAGCGUUGAAAGAAGACUUUUGGAAAAGCCGAGGGAUCUUGUCGAAAUUAUUUUCAAUGGUGGCGGUGGUACUAGACAUAAAAGGAGUAUUCUUUCGCGGAUCCACUCUUGGUUCGAAGGACGAACAGUGGAGAAGUUGGUUUCGAGGAGAAGGUUCUGACGUAUCUAGUCGCAGAACUGGUAUUGCGGGCUCAACUGCUGCAUGUAGAUAAUCAGGAGGUGAUUUCUGAAGGAUAGUGAGUCCUAAUUUACUGCUCGGAGAAGUUGCGUUGAAAGACUUAAAAACUCGCAAUGGUGCAGGAUGACUUUUGGAGGUGUCAUCAGUUUCACUCACACUCCGGUCUCCGUCUUUGUAGACUGUAAAGCUUUUUUCGUUUCGCUCAUCGAAAAUCGUAGCUUCGAUUAUUUCGCCAGAAUGGACUUGAGUAAAUACUCAGACCCGUGCUAUGCUUCCACACCGUUAGCAUUUGUCCGCAGAAGACUCGGACUCGUGAUAGCAUUGAGUCAUUGAUUAUGAACUCUUUGAGGAUUGUAACUCGUGGCCAACCUUAGCUGUAGAUUCAGCCGGGUACAUGACGAGACCUCAACCUUUUAUUAUUCUGCUUCUUGAAGAUGGUUCCUCAUUAGCAGGUAUCUUCGAUUUUCUUGCCAGUCCGGCAGACGUGUACAGUUGGUCCAUAGAAGACACGAUCCUUCGUGAUGGCUUGUCGUUCCGAGUGCUCUUUCAGCACACUCAGGUUUCAUGGUCCCGAUUUGGCGCCGAGUACAUGUGUCGUUGAAGAGCAGCCUUUAAAGCCGUGUCUAGUCAAAUGUCAGUAGUUUCUAGAGUAGCUUGGAAUGGACGUACUUUUUUCUGGCUCAUGGUACCUCUUCUUCGACCUUGUGAUGUAACAACAUUGGUCAUAACGGUCAGAGAUUAGGAUUAGAUUUACCAACGAUCUUUAGUGUAGUACUCAAGAAAGCGUAUUCGUAGGAGAGGCAAACGGCGAUGGGAAGCAGGCACGGAGUUUCCCGACAAAGCUUUUUGUCAGUGCGAGUUGGCCGGGCUGGCCAGCCAUGAGUAGAACACAAAGCAGUGGAAGUAAAAGGCCGUAGCUUUCAUUGUCCAUGGUCAAAGAUCUACGAUCAACAUCGCCAGACAGUCACCUCACAAGGUCAUGAGUUCUUGAUGUAAAAACUUGAUGUAAAAUUGAAAUUCCCCGAUGAAAAGGUGAGGUUAUUACUAUCUUAUGGUUCACG